CACGCAGGGCACCAGUGCAGCAGCUGCCAUCGGUUUACUUCUUCAUCUCCACACUCCACAACACCCUCCUCCCCUCCCUCUCUCUCUUCCUUCACCCUGCAAACUCCGAAGAAACUAGAAGCUUCGCAAGGGCGGCUACACCGGUAGCUGGUCUCUACUCACCGCCCCUCCGUUUACUCACUUCUCGCCUUCUACCCGGAGAUGUCCGACGGCAACGAGUUCGCCGAGUUGCUGUGGGAGAACGGGCAGGCGGUGGUGCACGGGCGGCGGAAGCACCCGCAGCCCGCCUUCCAGCCAUUCGGCACCGGCAGCAGCGGAGUCCAAGAAAAGCACCCUGGUGGCGACAGCAUGCUGGCCUUCACCAAGGCCGGCAACCUCUUUGGUGCCACAGGCAUGGCUCCAUCACUCCAUGACUUCUCCUCCGGCUUACACGCCAGCCACGCCCACGCGAAUGGGGAUGACGACACCGUCCCAUGGAUCAAUUACCCCAUCAUCGAGGACGACGACAGCGCCGCUCCUGCUCUCACCACGGCUGACUACUGCUCAGACUUUUUCUCGGAGCUCCAGGAGGCGGCAGCGGCAGCAGCAACGGCCAACCUCGGCUCUCUGCCACCUUCUAAUCCCAACGCCACCAACAAUAGAGCUGCUCCGGUUGCCAGCAGCAGCAGAGCACCCUUCAAGGAAUUCCAUGACUUGUCGGCUCCUAGCACCCGGCCGACUUCCCAGCCACAGGCGCCAGAUCUUGCUGCUGCCAAGCAGCCUCGGCCAGGCGGCAGCGCCGAGGGCGUGAUGAACUUCUCCCUCUUCUCCCGACCAGCAGCCCUGGCAAGGGCGACCCUUCAGAGCGUGCAGAGGCCACAAGGGACCGACAAGGUGUCCAACAUCACCACCAGCAACCCCAUGGAGUCCACGGUUUUCCAGACGACCAGUGGGCAGAGGAGUGACCCUAUGUUCGCCGAUCAGAGGUCCGUGUGGCAGCAUCCAAAGGAUGUGCGGUUUGCGUCGGCAGCUGCACCGGUCGGUAACCUACAACAGAUAAUAGCUCGUGAAAAAGUUAGCAAUAAUACGGCUGUGCACAAGGAUGCGGCAACAAGGGCGCCAGAGGCCACUGUUGCCACUUCCUCGGUGUGCUCUGUUGCCAACGGUGCAGCAAACGAUGAACGAUGGCGCCAGCAGAAGCGAAAGGCCCAGGCAGAGUGUUCGGCUAGUCUAGAUGAAGAUCUUGACGAUGAGUCCGGAGCAGCGUUGCUAAGAUCUGCCAGCAGAAGCAUGAAACGCAGCCGCACCGCGGAGGUCCACAAUUUGUCAGAAAGGAGGAGAAGAGACAGGAUCAACGAAAAAAUGCGCUCUCUCCAAGAGCUCAUUCCCAACUGCAACAAGAUCGACAAGGCCUCAAUGCUGGAUGAAGCUAUAGAGUACCUCAAAACUCUUCAGCUUCAAGUUCAGAUGAUGUCCAUGGGAACUGGGCUAUGCAUUCCACCUAUGCUGCUACCACCAGCCAUGCAGCACUUGCAACUUUCUCAAAUGGCUCACUUCCCUCAUCUUGGCAUGGGACUGGGGUACGGGAUGGGUGUCUUCGACAUGAACAGCACAGGAUCGAUUCCGAUGUCAGCCAUGCCUGGCGCUCACUUUCCUUACCAAAUGAUCCCAGGUGCAGCCCCACAAGGUAUUGGCAUCCCUGGUGUAAACGCCAUGCCAAUGUUUGGAGUCCCUGGGCAAGCAAUCCCUUCAUCAGGGUCCAGUGUACCACCAUUUACAUCCUUGGCUGGUGUUCCUGUUAGGCCAAACCUAGCCCCUCAAGUCUCUGGAGCCAUGCCUAACAUGGUGCACGAGCAGCAGCAAGGCAUAGCGAGUCCGCAGCAACAUAAUCUGAACAAGGAAGCUAAACAGUGAGCAAACACAUGUGAUCCGCGCAGGCAGAUCGUUGUUCAGGGGUGACAACCGGGUAUCCAGUCAAUUUUGGGAUGGAAGAGGCAAGGGGACCCCAUACAAUACAGCAGGGAGAAGUGAAUCGAAACAUAAAAAGUGGCCUGGAUGUGACUUCCAUGCUACAUGAAGUGAACACCGGAUGCUCUAGACAUGGAAAUUAGCAAAGUUGUUUGGUGAGAACUUACCAAGCAUCUUAAUCCACGAAGCAGAUUUCUCAUGUAUCAGCCAGGAUGCUCCAAAAUUUUGUGCAAUAUGUAGUUGGUAGAUGCUGCCAGGUUAUGAACUGUAAUUCUUGAUAGCCAAUGCAGUUUCCCUUGAGUAGUCUUUCUUUAUUUCUCUGGAGCUUUCUUGGAUCGAUGUAUAAUUACUUUCCCUCGGUUGUAUUAUCAGAUGCAUGUUCUCGUCA